AUGCUUCUCUUCUGCCCCCACUGCUCCAACAUCCUGACCGUCGGCCCCAACCCCGAGUCCGGUCGCAAUCGCCUCGAAUGCCGUACCUGCCCCUACCAACACUUGAUAACGACAUCCAUGUUCAGCCGGCGCGACUUUGCGCGCAAGGAGAGGGAAGAUGUCUUCGGCGGCCCCGGCGCAUGGGACAAUGCCGACAAGACCCCCGUCCAGUGUCCCAAGGAAGGCUGCAACGGCAAUGAGGCUGCCUUCUUCCAGGUCCAGAUUCGAAGUGCUGAUGAGCCCAUGACCAGUUUCUACAAGUGCAUGACCUGUGGUGGACGAUGGAGAGAAAACUAG